ACACGCACACGCACCGAUACACAUAUUCGUAAACGUAACUUAUUUUGAUGAUUACAGAUUACUGAUUAGAUAGCGGAAGAGAGCGCAGGCAGAGAUCGGCGACACGAAAGGGGCAGAGAGAGAGAGCAUUUCUUUUGUCAGAUGGAGACGUUCCAAAAUUGCCCAUUUUCAAUUAAGCUGUGGCCCCCUAGCCAGAGCACAAGGCUGAUGCUUGUAGAGCGAAUGACCAAGAAUCUUUCAACUCCAUCCAUAUUUUCCAGGAAGCAUGGUCUCCUGAGCAAAGAAGAGGCUGAGGAGAGCGCCAAACAAAUUGAAGAAGUGGCCUUUGCUACAGCAAACCAACACUUUGAAAAGGAACCAGAUGGUGAUGGAAGUUCUGCAGUGCAACUUUAUGCAAAGGAAUCAAGUAGGCUUAUGCUGGAGGUUCUUAAAAAAGGUCCACAACUCAAGGAGGAUGGAAGUGUGCAGAUAUCUGACAAAGUUGCUGGACCUUGUGAAACAUUUUUUGAUAUAUCUGGAGGUCGUAGGGCCUUUAUUGAGCAAGAGGAGGCCGAGGAGCUUCUAAGGCCACUAACAGAGCCAGGGAAUGCAUACGCUAAAAUAUGCUUCAGUAAUAGGAGCUUUGGAAUUGAUGCAGCCCGUGUUGCAGAGCCCAUCUUGGUGUCCCUCAAGGGUCAAUUGACUGAUGUAGACCUGUCAGAUUUUGUUGCGGGAAGGCCAGAAGCAGAAGCCCUUGAAGUGAUGAAAAUAUUCUCAUCAGCCCUGGAAGGCUGUGUUUUGAAGUCUCUAAACCUCUCAAACAAUGCAAUGGGUGAGAAGGGAGUCAGGGCAUUUGAGGCACUCUUGAAAUCCCAGAAUUACUUGGAAGAGCUCUAUUUAAUGAAUGAUGGCAUCUCCAAGGAAGCUGCUCAAGCAGUAAGCGAGUUGAUUCCUUCCACAGAGAAGCUUAGGGUUCUUCAUUUUCAUAAUAAUAUGACUGGAGAUGAGGGUGCAAUUGCAAUUUCCGAGGUCAUUAAGCAUUCCCCUGCAUUAGAGGAUUUUAGAUGCUCCUCUACAAGAGUUGACUCUGAAGGUGGGAUUGCCUUGGCUGAGGCUUUAGGUACAUUCACUCAUUUGAAAAAACUUGAUCUGCGGGACAACAUGUUUGGUGUGGAUGCUGGAAUUGCUUUGAGUAAAUCACUUUCUAGACAUGUGGGCCUUACUGAGGUUUACCUUAGCUAUCUAAACUUGGAAGAUGAAGGAGCAACUGCCCUUGCCAAUGCUUUAAAGGAAUCUGCUCCUUCGCUUGAAGUAUUGGAGAUGGCCGGAAAUGACAUCACUGCUGAAGCUGCUCCUUCCUUAGCUGCUUGUAUAGCAGCAAAGCAGUUCCUUACCAAGCUGAACUUGGCUGAGAAUGAACUGAAAGACAAGGGUGCCAUUGUGAUUGGCAAGGCGCUUGAAGAGGGCCAUGGCCUCUUAAAAGAAGUUGAUUUCAGCACCAAUUCAAUAAGAAGGGCUGGGGCCAGACUCUUGGCACAAGCUGUGGUGAAUAAACCUGAGUUUAAGUUGCUGAACAUCAAUGGGAAUUGCAUUUCUGAUGAAGGUAUUGAGGAGGUAAGGGAGAUAUUCAAGAAAUCCCCUGAAAUGCUGGGGCCCCUUGAUGAGAAUGAUGAGGAAGGAGAAGAAAAUGAAGAAGAGGAAGAGAAUGAUGAAGAUCCUAAAGAGGAGGGUGAUGAAAAUGGGGAUGAAUUGGAAUCAAAGCUUAAACAUCUUGAAGUCAGCGAGGAGUAACAGGUUACAUAUGUUAACUCUUAUUAUUGGGUUCUGACAGGACCUUUUAAUCUAUAGAAGAUUGGACUUACUAAAAGAAUUUUUCUUAUGGCAGAUUUGUGAUUGACCAGCUCGUUGAGUCCUAUAUAGUUGCUAGUGCGGUAACUCCGGCAGAGGGAUAGGCUAUGCCGCUAUGUUUUUUUUCUUUUUGCUUUUCUUUUCCCCUCCCCAGUGUAGCAGUGUACUUUUUCUUUAAUGCACUUGGAAAUGGCUAUUAAUCUAAUUUUUUCUUAGAUGGUUUAUGUGUUA